AUGUCGCAGACGCUCACCCUCCACCCGGUGACGUCGUUCAACUUUACCACAAAGGGCGCACAGCAGGAAGAGGACCCCUCGGUCGUCGCACGCCUCCAGCGCCUCAAGAACCAGUACGAAGACUUUGGCAUGCGCCGCAGCGUAGAGGCCGUACUCGUCGUGCACGAACACGGACACCCGCACGUACUCAUGCUCCAGAUCGCAAACGCCUUUUUCAAGCUACCGGGAGACUACCUCAAGCCGGGUGAGGACGAGGUAGAGGGGCUCAAGGCGCGCCUCGACGAACGGCUAGCGCCCGUCGCCAGCGAUCCAGCAUCACUCGGCCCCAACGGCGCAGGAAAGGACCAGGAGGACGGCGAGUGGGAGAUUGGCGACUGCCUCGCACAGUGGUGGAGGCCCGCUUUUGAGACGUUCCAGUACCCAUACGUACCAACGCACAUUACGAAACCAAAGGAAUGCAAAAAGCUCUUUCUCGUCCAGGUCCCACCAGGCAAGGUGCUGGCGGUACCACAAAACAUGAAGCUGCUCGCCGUGCCCCUCUACGAGCUGUACGACAACUCGGCGCGCUACGGAUCCCAGCUCGCCGCAUUACCCCAUCUCCUCUCGCGCUACAACUUCAUCUACUCGGAUUGA